UUGCUGAUCAAAUAAUGCUGGUACGCAGAAACAUGAGAAGAUCAAAUAAGAUGGACCGAAAUGCCGAAUGCUAUGCGCCAAGGAAUAUGCGGAAGGACGACGUGUCAACACCUAUCAGUGUCGAAAAGAAAUAUUGACUGAGUGGUGCAUUUUGAUUGUAGGCUCUGCGUCACUGGUGACGCGCGUAGCUACACAAACGCCCGGAAUCAAUGUUUAUCUUGCACAGACAAAAGAACAAGAGAAAAACGAUUACCCCCAGAAGCAAGAGAGAAGAACAGAGGAUCGAUGGAGAAGGAACCAAAGGGAGACGACGGAGGAGAUCUGAAGCUGCUCGGCUUGACGGUGAGCCCGUUCGUGAUCCGUGUACGCAUGGUGCUGCAGAUGAAGGCCGUGAGCUACCGGUACAUCGAGCAGGACCUGUUCAUCAAGAGCGACCUCCUCGUCACCUCCAACCCGGUGCACAAGAAGGUGCCCGUGCUCAUCCACGGCGGCAGGCCCGUCUGCGAGUCAUCGGCCAUCAUGGAGUACGUCGACGAGGUCUGGGCCGCCUCCACGACGGGCGCAUCGAUCCUCCCCGCCGAUCCCUACGAGCGCGCCACCGCCCGCUUUUGGGCCGCCUAUGCCGACAGCAAGCUGCUGCCCGCUUGGGUAGGCAUCAUGUGGGCGGCGACGGAGGAGGAGAGGACGGAGAAGGUCGACGAGACGCUCGCGGCGAUCGGGAGGUUGGAGGAGGCCUUCGGCGAGUGCUCGAACGGGAAGGCCUUCUUUGCCGGGGACUCCGUCGGGUACCUCGAUCUCGUGCUCGGAUCACAGCUGCUCUGGUUCGGGGUACUGCGUAAGAUGUUCGGCGUGGUGGUCAUCGACGACGACGCGGGCAGCAAGACUCCGCUGUUGGCGUCGUGGGCGAAGCAGUUCGUGGAAACUGAUAUGGCCAAGGAGGUGGUGCCGGACGUUGACACGGCGGUGGAGUACCUGAAGAAGCUUCAGGCUCACCGUCCCGGGUCCACGGUUACCCAGUUAUUGUCUUGACACUUGUUCAUGUCGACUUGGUGUAACUGGAGGCUCUGGAGCCAUCAUCGUUAGGAACACACAACAAGAACGCACUGCAAGAGAGCAGAACAGAGAGAGAACACACAACAAUGGCCGGCGGUGGAGACCUCAAGUUGCACGGCCUGCGGGUGAGCCCAUUUGUAAUCCGCGUUCGGAUGGCUCUGCACAUGAAGGGCCUGAGCUACGAUCCUACGAGUACAUCGAGCAGGACCUCUACAACAAGAGCGGGCUUCUCCUCGCCUCCAACCCAGUGGAGAGGAAGGUGCCCGUGCUCAUCCACAACGGCAAACCAAUACUCGACUAGCCAUCCAUCGUGCAAUAUAUCGACGAGGUUUGGGAAACCAAGGGGCCCUCCAUCCUUCCCGCGGACCCUUACCAGCGCGCCACCGCUCGCUUCUGGACCACCUAUGUUGAUGACAAGGUGUGAUUGUGUCUCCAAAGCUCUCUCAUCUUAUGCAUGCCAUUUUUAUACUUUUUGAACAUUCC